AUGCUCAGUGACUCGCUCGCCCAUUCCAAAGUCUACUUCCAGCUCCUCCACCUCCUCCGGAUCAUGCCGUUGUGGAUACGGGAGACGAAGUACGAUCUAGAGAAACUCUGUCACGAAUGCAACAUCACCAUCUCCAACCCUAUUCAAGGGGCAGACCAUCACCCGUUCCUACGGUAUGCCGGGCUCGUGCACCAGAACUGGGACGCGAUGAUGUGUCAUUUUCACGAGCUGGAAAGCGAACUUGGCAGACGCAUCGACGCAAAGACGGAUGAGAUCAGGGGUUUGCGUGAUGGGCUUUUCAACGCAAGCAGUCUGGUGGAAGCGCACAAAGCCACGUCCAUGAAUCGGUCCAUAAUCAUCUUCACAACAAUCACCAUUUUCUACCUACCCCUCGGGUUCGUCACGGCAAUCUUCAGCAUGGAUCUCGUGCACGACACCGAUCUCUCCGGUCUCAAAAGACCUUACACCAUAACCAUGGUCGUGGUAUCGUUGGUGACCUACAUGGUCGUUAUCGGCUCCAUAUUGUUUGUUGACCGUCAAAAGGCCAUCCCAUACAUUGUCGCCCUCUUCCAAUCUUUGACUCCAGUUCGUCUGGCCCCGGCGAAGGAUAGAAGCGGCUUAGAUAGGCCGACCGAAAUAACGGACGCACAUUGGGAGAAGCACGGACAAUCGGGACCUUGGUCUGGUGUCCUGGCGGGACCGGGUCUGAAGCCACGGCGGCGGUGGAGAUGGAGGGACUCGUGGGAGAAGGGUGAUGAUGUCGAGGCGAAUAAGGCUGGGGGAAAUGCAAAUGCAUAG